AUGGUUCUUCUUCCUCGACCUCUAUUGGCAAGUGCGAAUAAAGGAAGACCGCCACAGUGGGAAUGGCUCGAGUACUUAGGAGACAGUGUUCUCGAGCACUGUCUCUUAAAAAUUGCCCGAGGUAGAUACCUUCUCGAUUAUCCUGUAGAAGUAAUUGAGAAGGCCGUUAAGGCAAUGGCUACCAAUAAGAUUUUGGCAGCCUAUGCCAUAACGCUCG